CGCGGCGCAUUAGGGGACAGUCGCUUUAUGACAGCCGCGGGUUCAGCUCAAGAUGUGCUCUAAACAAUGGGAGAACAAUGAAGAGAUUAACAUUUUCCGCGAAUACUUGCGAAUUCCUUCAGUUCAUCCAAAUGUUGAUUACACUGCCUGUGUGGACUUUCUGAGGCGCCAGGCCUCUUCCUUGAACCUGCCCAUGGAUGUGGUUCAUCCAAAGAUGCCCUCGAAGCCUGUUGUUGUUAUAAAAUGGCAGGGCAGUAGUCCGAACCUUCCCUCAAUCAUUCUAAACUCUCACAUGGAUGUGGUCCCUGUAUUUAGAGAGAAAUGGACCCACGAUCCUUUUGCUGCCGAAAUGGACGAUGAAGGUACGAUUUAUGCACGAGGGGCACAGGACAUGAAGUCCGUGGGCUGCCAGUACUUGGCUGCCAUUCGCGCGCUCAAGGCCACAGGAUAUAGGCCAAAAAGGACGGUCUACCUGACCUAUGUCCCGGAUGAGGAAACUGGCGGAGACUGUGGAAUGGCCGAGCUGGUGAAGGGAGAUUACUUUAAAAGCAUGAACGUGGGAUUCAGCCUGGAUGAGGGCAUGGCCAGCGAGGACAACACCUAUCCCAUCUUCUAUGCGGAAAGGACUAUGUGGAAUCUUCGACUGAAGUUCAAUGGCACUGCAGGACAUGGAUCCCUGCUACUGGAAAACACAGCUGCCGAAAAAUUUCAGUAUGUGCUCGACAAAUUGAUGGAGUUCCGGCGAUCACAAAGCCAAAAGUUGGCAGAAAACCCCUCCCUGGACGUAGGUGAUGUGACUUCUUUGAAUCUAACCCAGAUUCAGGGCGGUGUUCAAAGCAACGUGGUGCCACCUGUCCUAGAAGCACUCUUCGAUAUCCGAAUAGCUAUCACGCAGGAUUUGGAUGAGCUAGAGAAGCAGAUACGCGAUUGGUGCGAUGAAGCCGGUGGCGGAAUAGAGCUUCAUUUUGAACUUAAGUGUCCCUUCGUAGAGCCCACCAAGAUCGAUCCCUCGAACCCGUAUUGGAUGGCCUUUAAAAAAAGCCUAGAUGAAAUUGGCCUCCAAACCCAUGAACAUGUCUUCCCCGGUGCCACCGAUAGCUUCUAUGUCCGAGAGGUCGGAAUUCCUGCUCUGGGGUUUUCCCCCAUUAACAAUACUCCGGUGCUGCUCCACGAUCAUGAUGAAUACCUGCGGGCAGAGACCUAUUUGCACGGCAUUCAGAUCUACAAGAAGCUAAUUCCAGCUCUGGCUGAUUCAUAAAACAUUUCGAUUGAAGUGCCACCAACUUUUAUUUUUUUAGGCUUUCAUAUCAAUAAACAGCUGAAUCAAACAUUAAAAUUAAA